AUGAACAUCAUUGAACAUCUCGUUAGAGGUUCUCCGUGUCUUGUAAUUUACGGCCUCUUGACCUCUGCAUGGAAGAAACUUCACUCCAGCUCCGAAUCGACGAUCCACAACAUACCUGAGCACCCCGCAGAGACUACGGAGAAACUCGAUAACAUCACCUUGAUCAAAGUUGGGGCUCUCACUGGCAAGGCUUCAGGACGUAUGCCGUUAUGUGCCAGACCAGAGAACCCUGCGUUCAUUAUAUAA